GCGGACUCAGGCGCUCCCGACGCCAUAAAAAGGGAAACAACACAGACAUGCAGUACAUGCUACUACACUUCGUUUCCGUGUGAAAGACCUUCCAACAUCGUACCUGGCAUGCGGUCGGCGUUAGUUGACGUCGCCCUGCUGCACAUCUCAUCUAGCUAACAUAGUUGCAGUUGUGUUUGCGCGAGGCGUGAGUCCGAGUGGGAUGGUAGGCGGCGAGGAAGGCGGUGGUGGGCCCGACCGAGGCCGGGCGCUCGAGGCAGCAGCAGCGACGUCGGCCCUUCCGCCGCCGCAACAGCCGUCUCAGCACUGGCCCCAUCCCCACCGCCACUACCAUAAUCAGGAGCGGCAGCAAUGGGCCAGCCAGCAGGUUGAGAAGCCGCAGGCGCACCCGGGAGCAUCGUCGGUAGCCGCGGUGGCAGCUGCUGCGGCGGUGCUGGCGGUGGCGGAAGCGGGGACGGGAACAGCCUCGGCGGCGCCACAGGACCGGCCGGAUGGCCCCAGAGGCCCAUCGGAGUCAUGCGACGCUGCGGCAGAGGCGGCGUGUACGGCAGUGGCGGCGGGGGCGGCGGGGUCAGGACCUGGAAGGGGAGCGGAAGCAGACGGAGCAGCAGUCGCAGGUGCGGCGCCUGCUGCGGCGGCAGCUACAGCCGACCCCCGGCAGCUUCUGGCAGCGCGGCGGGCGGAGUUCGAGCGGCAGUGGGGCCUGAUGGCGUGCCGCCACUCUCGCCGCUCUGCACCGUGUGUGACGUUGGCGCAAAUGAACAAGGCGGCGGUGGAUCUCAGCCGCCGGGGCGACCACAUGGGAGCGGCGGCGGCGCUCACGGCGGCGCUGGCGGCGGCGGCGGCGGGCGGCCGCACGCACCGCGACCUGCCAGUGGCGCGAGCCAACCUGGCGGCGGCGGCGCUGGCGGCGGCGCCGCCGCCGGGGCUGGCGGCGGAGGCGCUGGCGGCGGCGGAGGCCGUGGUGGCGGAGCUGGGCGUGAGGCCGGUCGGGCUGCUUGACGGCGUGGGCCUGCGCACGCUGUUGCGCGGCCACCUGCUGAGGGGCCGGGCGCUGGUGGCACUGGGGCGGCCCACAGCCGCCGUGGCGGCACUGGAGCGAGGCCUGGCUCUGGACCCACUCCACCCCGAGCUGCGUGCGGCCCUGGACGGCGCGGCGGCGCGGGUGCUGCAGCAGCAGCAGCAGCAGCAGCAGCAGCAGCCGUGGGGCUCCGCAGCGGGCUGCCGCCUGGCGCUGCCCGCGCCCCAGCCCGGGCCCCUGCUGGCGCUGGGGUCCGCCGCCACCUCGGCCCCUGCCGCCGCCGCCGCCGCCGCGUGCGGGUCGGUGGCGGCGGCGCAGGCGGCUGGCGGCGGCGGCAGCGGCGGCGGCGGCGGACUGUUGCUGUCGAGUGGCGGCCAGAGCGACGCCUUGGCAGUGGCGCUGCGCUGUGAGGAGCUGCUGCCGCGGCUGCUGCUGACGCCGCGGGCCGCCGAGUUGGACGAACGCACGCGCGACACGCUCAAUUUCGUGACCAUACAGACCGACCUGCGCUACCCGCGCCUCCUGCUGCGGGCCCUGCACGACACCGCCCGAGUCAAGGCCGUGACGGCGGCCGUGCGCGCCGCGGUGCGGGAUGCCGCCGGCGGCACCCGCCGCCGCCGCCGCCGCCCCAGCACUACCGGGAGUAGCCACCACGCCGACCCAGCACCGCCGGCACCGGAGGCGGUGGAUGGGGUAGCAGCAGCAGAAGCUGGGAACAAGAGGGCUGCGGAAGUGGGGGCUGCGGAGGAGGAGGCUGCGGAGGAGGAGGCUGCGGAGGAGGUGGACGAGGAGGAGGUGGACGAGGAGGAGGAGGGCGAUGUACGGGAUGUGCGUGUGCUGCUGCUGGGCGGCUCGUGUGGGGGGCUGCUGGCCCUGGCGGCGUUGAGGGCGGGAGCGCACCACGUCACGUGCGCCGAGAGGUGGCUGUACGGCGCCUCGGCGGCGGCUGAGGUGUUGGCGGCGUCGGGUGUCAGUCGGGAGCGGUGGCGGGUGGUGUACAACCCCCGUUACUCCCGGGGUGGGCACGGCGGCGGGAGCUCUAUCUCCGGACGGAGCCGCGUCGUGCCUGCUAGCUUGCGACCCACGGAGCUGCGGCUGGUGGAAGAUGUGCCCGUGUGCUGCAACGUGCUGGUGGCUACGGAGCUGCUGGAAGACGGGCUGCUGGGUUGUGGCCUACUGCCCGCCGUACGACACGCCACGGCGGCGCUCAUGACCCGGGACCGGCCACUGUGCGUGCCCGCCGCCGCCACCGUGUGGGUGCAGGCGGCGGAGCUGCUACUGCCCGAGCCACAGCCGCCGCCGCCAGCGGCGGCGGCGCCGCCGGCGGCGGCCGCCAUGGAGGUUUUCAAUGCUGCUGGUGCCGCAUCGCCGUCGCUGGCGCCGGUCCCCGUGGCACAGCCGGCGCCUACCCCGCUGGACCCAGCAGACGCCGGGGUCUCAGCAGGCGUCCAGGGCAGCGGCCCUCGCUGCCCCUCGCCGCAGGGCCCACUACCGCCCGGCCCACUGCCGCCGCCACUGCCACGCCCGUUGGACAUGCGGGCAUUGGACCGGUACAGGUGGUGGCCCAGUCCCGGCCUGGGGUCGCCUCUGGCGGAGGACGCCUACACGCCCCUGUCCCAACCCCAGGAGGCAUGGCACUUUGACAUAAUGCUGGCGGCGGGCGCUGGCGGCGGCGGCGGCGGCGGCGGCUGCAGUGAGGCUCGGACGCUGGAUGUGGAGCUGUGUGCGGAGGGGCGCUGGAACGCAGUGGUGGCGUGGUACGAGCUACAGCUGUACGGCGACAUACGCCUGGUCACACACGUGCCGCCGCCGCCGCCGGCGCCUUCCUCCGGCUCAACAGCGCCUGCGCCCCGAGCAAGCAGCCUGCAGGCCGCGGUGCACUGGCUGCCCGGUCCCAUCCGCGUGUGGCGCGGCCAGACGCACCCGCUCACCGCUGCACACAACACCGCGGUGCUGAGAUUCCAGGUACUGGAGGCCAAUUACCUGUGGCUGACGGCGAGGGACGCCUCUCUGCCGCCGGCGCUGUGGGCAGCGGCGGCGGACGGCGGGCGGGCGGCGGCGCUGGCGGCGGCCGCCGCCGCCGCCGUACAGCGCCUGCGGGCGGCGGGUGUGGAGCGGGUGGUGGGUGUGGACGUGGGCUGUGGCGGCGGCGCCGCACUGGCGCUGGCGGCGGCGGCGGCGGGCGCGGACGAGGUAGUGGCGGCGGAGGUGCAUCCCACACUGGCGGCAUGCGCCAGGCGGGCCGCGGCGGACAACGGCCUGGCACACAAGGUGGCGGUGGUGUGUGGCGACGCGGGCGAAGUGCUGACAUGCGGGCGGGGCGGCGGCGGGCUACUGCCGCUACUGCCGCUACUGCCGCGGGAGGGCGCCCGACUGGUGCUGUGUGACCUGUUCGAUGCAGGCCUGCUGGGCCACCGGGUCUUGGGCACACUGGAGUGCGUGCGGCGCCGCGCCGCCGCCGCGCCCCUGCCGCCAACACCAACAUCCGAGGACGAAGAUGACGAGCAGGAGGGCGAGGAGGCUGCGGCAUUUACCAGUGAUGGUGGUGAUGGUGGUGGUGGUGGUGGUGGUGGUGUGGAGGUGGUGCCGGCCGGCGCCAGCGUGUGGGGUGUGGGUGUGGAGAUGCUGACGCGGCGUGUGGAGGGGGAGGACAUGUCGCCCCUCAACAAGUUCAGGUGGGAUGACGGCUAUGAGGCGGUGCGGCUGCAGGACCUGGGCCCGCACUGCCGCCCCCUCACGGCGCCCUUCCGCGUGUUCGACUUUGACUUCCGCCGCCAGUUUGACCCCUGGGCGGCGCCGGCGGUGCCAGUACACGGCGGCGGUGGCGGCGGCGGCAGUGGUGGCGGCGGCGGCGGCGGCUACCCUGUGACUGCCACACUGGACAUCCCCAUCACUGCCAAAGGCGUGUUGAACGCGGUGGUGUUCUGGCACGACCUGCACCUCGACAUGAGCACCGGCAGUAGCGGCAGUUGCAGGAACAGCAAUGGCAGUAGCAGUAGCAGCAACAGUAGCCAUAGCAACAGAAAUAGCAAUGGCAGUAGCACGGUCUGCGGGAACGGCGGUGACGGCAGUAGCAGCAGCGGUGCCGCCGCAGGCAGCCCCGGCAGCAGCAGCGGCGGCCUCGGCGGCCCCGGCGGCGGCAGCGAUGGCGGCGAGUGGGCCUGCAUCUCCAAUGCCCCACCUGGCCUCAUGUUUGGCGGGACAUCUAAAGCCCGCACCAGUAGCACCAGCACCAGCACCAGCAGCUACAGCCGGCGUCAGCAGGCGCUGCAGUACCUGGACUGCGCACUGCCUGUGGCGCCGCCGCCGCCGCCGCCGCCACAACAGCCGCCACAACAGCCGCCGCAACAGCCGCCACAGCCGCCGCCACUUGCGGCUGCGGCUGCCACUGCUGGAGAAUUCGCGGGAGCUCCCGCUCGGCCGCCAGCAGCAGGGACUGCUGCAGCCUCGGCGGCUGCAGAUAUGUCGUCGUCGGCGGCGGCUGCUGGCGGCUCAAGCGGCGGCUGGAGCGGCGGCUCGAGUGGCUCCCUGCUGGUGGCUGGUCGUGUGGUGCUGCGGGCGCAGCGGACGGCGGCGGGCAUCCGCUUCAGCCUGCGGCCGGGUGUGGGGGUGCCGGUGCCGCGUCCGCCGUGGAAGGUGGAGUGGGGCGGCGGUGUGUCAGUGGAGAACCCGCACGUGCAGCGGGCCCGCUAUUGUGAGCUGCUGGUGGCGGAGUGGCUGCAGCGCCUGCCGCGGGUGUCGGCGGCGGCGGCGGCGGCGGCAGCAGGCGGCGCCCCCAAGCCCGGCACCUGCAUAUCCGCGGACCUGGCCCCCCUGUGGGGCUCCUGCGGGGCGCUGGGGCUGGACCCCCCGGCCCUGGCGGAGGUGACGCACCGGCUGCUGCUGCUGGAGCGGCUGUACGGGCGGCGCCAAAGCGUGGCGGCGGGCGGCGGCGGCGGCGGCGGCGGCGGAGAGGAUGAUGGGCUGGGCGGCGCGGGAUUGGGAGCGGAUGGGCAGGAGGUGGCCGCGGCGGUGGCGGCCGGGGCCGCGGGGGUGGUGGGGGGCGGGGGCGGAGGGGCGGUGGGGGAGGAGGGCGAGGCGCGUGUGGGGCUGGUGCGGCCCGAGGACGUGAGUGCGGGCGGCCGCCCGGCGGUGUGGUUCUAGAGGCCGCGUGGGGAAGAAGGGAUUGUAUGAGAGUGCGAUUGCACUGCUGAUAAUUUUGGCGAUGCAUCAUGUGCACUCAACUCAAUUCCAGUGAUGCUGGGCUGUGGCAUGUGUAAAUACGGUAUGCAGGCUGUCGGCUUGAUUGUGGAAGGCUUUGUGCAGGGGAUGCUCAACGGUGCAGCAGUACAGAAGCCGAGAUUGUUGCAUACCGUAUCACUACUUGCGAGAGCUGAGCUGUUCGGAUUGAUACACGUAGCUGUAUGCGGGCGUCAAUCCGCUGCGGAGGGGUUCGGGUGUGGGAUGCCGCGGAUGUGCAUGCCCGGAAGCAGGUGUCAAAGGUGCUGGCGCAGUCGCGGGUAUUGCGGCACCAAGGUGUACAAAUAAGUGCAUUGAAUCUAUAACAGAAGCUGCGAGCGCCAAAUACGCCUUGAGCACGAAGACACGCUCAGGCGAGGAUGCGCCCGCGAUUGGACCGAGCUGCAAACCCGAGCAAUUUGGCUCACCUUGGUUGCUAUA